CCAAAAAAAAAGAAAAUAAAAGACCGACGACAGAGAAGAAGGGAAAUCGGAAUCCAAAGCGAUCCGAUAAGGAGUAAGUGAAUUGCUUCUGAUUGACGACUACUGUUAUCGCGCGCGUCGGUCGCCACUGCCUCGUCUCAGAUUCUGACAGUCAAAUCCAUAUCUGCAUUGAGCUUGAGAUUUAGGGAAUUAUCUAGACGGCGAAUGUGGUUUCCGGAAUCGGAGAGGUAGAGCGGUCGAUGCGGCGUCUCAAACCCUAGGCGGGGCGUCCCGCUGUGGUUGGGCCUUCGCUCGACAAGAUCAUAAAGAAUGUGGCCUGGAGGAAACAUUCCCAACUCAUUUCCUCCUGCAAAUCUGCUCUCGACAAGCUCCGACCACCCUUCCUAUCUCGCCUCUUGCUCCCCACUCUACGACCUCUCUUCUUCCGAUGCCGACUUCCAGCUUCAGCCACUCAUCGCCGCCCCCGACUCGGCCUACCCCAAGCUCGUCGAGCCGGCUAUUGACGCCUCCUCAUCCUACAUUUGAGCUAACUAGUGGAAAACAGCUUAACUUGUCGUCGGUAUGAUUACUUUCUUGCCCUCAUUUUGAUGCUGCUCUGCCAUUUUUUCUUGUUGAACGCAGUCUGUCUCAGUGUAUCUCAUUUUAGUGCCUGAUUUUAGUUCACCUUGAUGUGAUGAUGUCCUGUGAGCCUCACUGCCUCUUCAUCUCAUAUUUGAGUGAGGUUAUGAGUCUUAGUAAAGAUUGUUUCUGGAAAUUUUUUGCUGGUUAUCAUUUUUUAUUAGGCAUCUUUGUUGGAAAUGGUUAUGCAUGUUGUAUCAUGGAUUUAGCAUUUGGAUCUUUUGCUGUCAGUGAUAACCAUGUAAAUCAUUCAUAAUAUGAUGAAGCUUUUUUUUUCUAGUUCUCACUCCAUAUAUUUUUUUUAACCUCUCAGCUAUACAAAUUUGCUCUGUUUUUUUUUAUAAUUUAUUUAGUCCCAAGAAAUUUUGGUAUGUACGGAGUAUUUCUUUCUUUUUUUUGCAUAUUUUUGUGUUUUUUAUAGUUUGUGCAAAUUUUUAAUAUCCUUUUUGUGUUUUUGUAUGAAGCGUGUGCGUAUUUAUAUCUUUCAGCUAUAUAGGAUUUCAGUAGCCUUUUGUGUUAUUCUAUACCUUGUGCACAUUUUUAACCCCCUUAGAUAGUUGCACAUCUGUCAAUGGCCUUCCAAAAACAGCUCUAGGUCCACCACCUGGUUCCAUUUCCUUCUUUAUCUCAUGUCCAAGAUAUGACACUUGGUCGUGAAUCAAUUAAGAGCCAGGUUAGGAUAAUUAAAUCAACGGAAUCAUGGAUGGACCAACAACUGAAAGAUGAAGAACAUAAUCCAACAAAGUCUUCUGAUAAUGAAAACGUGGCUGAGAGUCCCAGUUACCACACCGAUGAUGCAGCUAAUGCGGAUUUUGAGCUACACCUAGAAACAAAAUCUGAAAUGUAUGAUGCUGCAACCCUGGAGCAGCGUAGAGCUCAUAAGUUGGAAAUUCAGGUUGUGACUGAUAUAUACAAGAUCCACUGGAAGUCCCUGUCUGCAAAUACUGUCACCACCAUAGUACUCGGAAUCUUUUCGUCGAUAUCAUCUCAUUCUUAUGAUCUGAACACCCAAACUAUGUUUCUUCUCAAGUUAGAUAAAGCAUGCUCUGUUGUGGAGAUCUCAGGUCCACCACUCGUGCACUUUGAAAAUGGAUCAUACAAGAGCUACUUAAACUUUUUGCAUGAUGUACUAGUGAACAUCCCCCAUCUUUGUCGAGGGAGAAGAAUGCUGAAGGAGAGCUUGUGUCUGUAUGUAGGAAGAGUUGAAUAUGUGUAACGUAAUAAACCUAGGGCAAACUGCCUUCUUCCAUUAGGCUCCGCAAAGAAUGAGGAAUUAGCAGCUCGAACACCUCUAGUUCUAUCAGUUAUGCGGAUUUUGGGUAGUCUAGGAAGGGAGGAGGCAUGUAUCUCAGCUAUUUCCAUUGCUGGUGGAUCUCGUCGUCCGAAGCAAGCAUAGUUCCAUGGAAGUGCAACGAGUUUUGAGCAGUAUAUUUAAGUCAUGUAUAGUUCCUCUAGUGUACAGAGUAUAAUUUGAGAUUUUCUCUUGCUUCACUAUCGAUUCAUAGGAAAUUGUUCUGCUGUAUAGGAAUAAUCCAUGAGGAACAGUCAUUUUGUAACUCGACUCUUUAGAAAUAUAUGCAUCUAUACUAUUUUGGCUA